UCACAAGCCCACAACGUGUGAAACCAGUCUUCAAAAUCACAAAACUCAGAUCAAAAAAACAAGAGGAUGAAAAAGAUAUAAGAAGGUGUUUCUGAAUCAGUGUCGAAGAUAUAUAGUUAUGGCAUGAAUCCAAGGCAAGGAAAAGAGAGCUGAGGAGGCAGCUGUGAGGGUAGCUGUUUCUGAGCCUAGUAGUAGUGAUGCAAACAGAGAGAGAAGAAGAACAUAUUACCAACAAUGAACUAAGAUGGAGGAGGAGUCGGCAACAUAUACAAGAGAGGGCAAGGAGGCGGCGAAGGAGAAGACUAGCAAUGUUGCUGAUACUGCAGCCAAGAAAGCUAGAGAGUGUAAGGAUUUGGCAUUAGGAAAGGCGAUUGAAUAUAAAGAUUAUGCAGCAGAGAAAGUGAGAGAAGCGAAUGACUCGACAUUGGAGAAAGCUGGAGAGUACAAAGAUUAUGCAAUAGCUGAGAAGGCGAAGGAGACAAAGGCGGUGACAAUGGAGAAGGCAAGAGAGGGGAAAGACAGUGCCAUUGGGAAGAUUUCAGAGUUGAAGGAGUUGGCGGUUGAUGCGGCGAAAAGGGCCAAGGACUUGUUGAGUGUAAAGAGCAAGGAAGAGGCGAUGGUUAGUCGUCUCUAAUUGAUUUCUGUAAUCUUUUGAGGUACGUGUAUACUGGCCCA